AUGGGCGGCGACGGCCGCAGCUCCGGCGAGCGGGGGGCGUGGGAGGCGGCCAGCCUCGUGUUCCGCAUCGCGACGGUGGGGCUGUCGCUAGCGUCGGCGAUCAUGACCGCCGCCUCGACGCAGUGCGUGCUCCGGGACGACGGCAGCGCCGCCGGCACCGUCUCCUACGGCGACUACGGCUCCUUCAAGUACUCGGCGCUCGCGGACCUGCUGUCGGCGGUGCUCCAGAUGGUAGCGAUCUUCCUGGAGGUGGUGGGGAAGGAGAAGUGGGCCGGCGCCGUGGAGCUCAUCGACAAGCUGGUGCUGGCGCUCACGUCCACGUCCGCGCCGCUGCUGCUCGCCGCCGACGACAUCACCUCCUGCGGCGGGCCGAGGCGCGGGGCUCGCCGUCAGGCCAGAGGUUUGGACGACAAGCUCCGGCCGGCGGCGUACGCCAGCCUCGGACCGCUGGCGUCGACAGCCGCCAACGAAAUCGUGAAGAAACUCAGACGGCAUAAGAAGCAGUUUUAA